ACCCAACAAAAAACAUACAAAGCACACAAAGAUCCACUUGUUUAUUCACUUUGAACAGACAUGAUGAUGAAGAAACAAGUGGUAUUCGGAGUGUUCUUAGUUGCCCUUCUUGUUAUUUGCUUGAAUAAAGUUGAAGGUGCGAGGCCGUUCCUAGCCACCGAUGAGAUCCGGUUCCUGUUCCAGAUGCUCCAAAGGGCUCCGACCCCACCGUCCGGUGGCAACGGUUGCACCGGCAUUCCCAAGGGUUCGGGCCAAUGCCACGGUUGAGCCGUUGCAUCGAGCCUAGAUGGUCUUAUUAUUAUUGAUCUGUUCUUAAUUCUUUGGUUCUUUUACUAAGAUAUGUAUAAUGUGGAUGUAUACAUGAUAUAUGAUAGCUUAUGAUAAUAAACAUUCGAUGUAAUGGCAGUAUACACAAGGCAAGA